AUGAGUCAGGCAGUCGACUACUCGCAGUUUAAAAAGCUCGGCAUGGAGUCGGGCGCGAUUCGAGACAGUCAAAUCAAGAGCGCUUCGGAUGCCUUCAAAUCGCGUGCGGGAUGCAAAGCAAGACUGAAUCAUGAUGAAGAUUAUUGGUGCUCAAAAAUGGCCGCCAAUGCUAGAUCUCCUCAGUGGCUUGAAGUUACUUUUCCUUCUGAUACAGUCGUCACCGGAAUAAUGAUUCAAGUCAGCGAGGUUCACAAAUGGCUCGAACACGUCAACGGCAAACGCGACUUUCCAGAAGAAAACAACUUGACGGAUUUCUUCAUUUCUCACUCCCCAAAACCAAAGCCAUUUCUUGGCGCAGGAAAAUGGAUCCGUGGAGAAAGCUUUCAAACAAACUACAAAUGGGAUGCCCAGAAAGGCAUCUCCUACCAUGCGUUUAAAACACCGAUUACAUGCAGAAGAAUCAGACUCAAUUGUACAAAGACCUUGGGAGGCUGGUGUCCAGCUCUGAAGAUGGAGUGGAUUGGAUAA